AUGUGGGAGAACCCUCGCCCCAACGCCGCCUCGCCUUUGCCCCCCAAAACCGCGGGAGGCCCCGGGGCAGGGGGGCAGCUUCUCUUUCUUGCAGGACAAUAUCCCACCCAGCCGUCCUACCCUGUCCAGUCCCCGGCCAACCCCGCCGUGUACCCACAGACUCUGCCCCUUCCGCAGCCGCCGCCCUACACAGAUGCACCUCCUGCGUAUUCCGAGCUUUACCGUCCCAGCUUCGUGCCUCUGGGGGCUGCCACCGUACCUACGAUGUCUGCGGCGUAUCCGGGCGCUUCCGUCUUCCUGCCCAUGGCCCAGUCUGUGGCCGUGGGUCCCAUCGGCUCGUCGGUCCCGAUGGCGUAUUACCCCGUGGGCCCGGUUUAUCCCCCGGGCUCGACAGUCCUCGUUGAAGGUGGCUUUGAUGCUGGAGCAAGGUUUGGGGCUGGCGGAACAGCCAGCAUCCCUCCCCCCGCUCCUGGCUGUCCCCCCAACGCCGCCCAGCUGGCCGUGAUGCAGGGAGCCAACGUCUUGGUGACGCAACGGAAGGGAAACUUCUUCCUGGGAGGCUCAGAUGGCGGCUACACUAUCUGGUGAAGAAGGAAGGGGAAGGGGGGAGAGGGGGGGCUACAUUUGUGUAAGGAAAGACAUCACAUACUGUCAGCACUUCUCACGAUGUAACUGCUUUAGUCCAUAUUAACCUGAAGUUGCAGAUUAGACACACAGCGGUGAGGUGUCUUCCUGGUUUGGUGCCCGGCCCUGUGUGCACUUUAAAGCGAAACAAGAAACCCUGUUAAU